AUGGACUCCAGCAAGAACCAAGACCAGAAGACCCAGGUGGUCCCCAACCCCGACCAGGGCAAUCAGGGCUCCGUGACCGACAAGAUCAAGGCCGCCUUCCAGCCCCACUCGGCAAACCCGGGUCCGGCCAUUCCGCAAGACUUCAAUGCCACCGAGGAGGGCACCAAGGAGGAGCGCCGGGCCAAGGCCCAAGAACUGAACAAAUAA